GGGAUUUCCGGUGUGUGACGUAAUAGUCCCAGUCAACAGUGGAGGCCCCACCCUUUGUGUUACCUACCGCCCGUCAAUCAAAAUAGAAAAAAAUCCUGACACUUAUCAAGCUUUUUUUUACGCGUACACAAUCAAUUUAAUUUGCUGAUCAUGUCGGGUGGCUUGUGACCAUCGGGACGCUCCGUUACAAAGCAAUGACUGGUAUGUUGUGUCUUAUCUUAUCCUUCACCCACGUAAGCUAACAGGCUAACAGGCUUCCUCCGGCUAAUGUAGCUGCUAGCAGGUUAGCUGGAGUAUUUGUUAGUGAUCAUGCUGAUCAACGCGGGCUAAGGGAGCUAUACCAUCUUUAGCCAGAGCUAAACUAGAUAGCUUAGCUUAAAUGGCUAGUCUGCUUGAUGCUCAUCAUCAGCAGCUGGCUCUGUUUAAACUCUACGGAAACUACAUGUUUUCUCAGUGGGGUUCGGUGCAGUCGGGAUAGAGUAAUCAGCUGGUUAGCAGAUGUUUAUCAGCGUGUUUAAAGUAAGCUCUGUUGAUUUUUAAGCUAACACUAGCUUAUUUCUUUCUGCAUCUCUGACAUAGCCCCAGAUCAACCCAUGAAAUCAGACGAUAUGGCUGCAUUGGACGUGGACAGCAGUCAAAGCGACUUUCUGCAGCAGCAGGGGGACAACAGGGGCAAUCAGGUAAGAUCCCUCUCUCCACUACUCCUGUUGGACGUCGAUGCUACGUCUGCAGCACCUGAGUGGUAACUCAAGUCCAAGCAUUUCAGUCUCGAAGGGGGGUAUAGUACCCUGAUUUGAACCUCUCAGGCAACACGUCCUCUCAGACGGCUUAAAAAUCCCGCCUCCUGAAGUGACAGGUUGCAAACUCCUGACAGACCUGAACUCUACAUGGGUGUUACGCAAGUUGCUGCCUGGGGGGGCUCAAACACAGGACUAGAAACUCCUUUUAGCCUCAAACUUCAGACUUCGCUUUUAGGUACGGUGGCCGAGAACCUCCAUUGCUACAAUUAAAAAAUGAAUGCAAAAAAAGAAGUCACAACAGAAGUUACUGAUGCAAAAAAGGAAAGAAACCGAAGCCUGCUGCAAAUACAAAAAAAAACAACAACAAAAAAAAAAACAGCCACUACGGAAGUUGACAACGCAAAAAAGUUGUGAUGACAAAAAUGUUACCUAUGCCAAAAUAAAAGGAUGCAAAGAAAAGCCACAACGGAAGUGAGCUGCCGGGGACCAAUAAAGGUCCUUACACACCAGGGCAUGAAUAUAGAAUGUGAAAUCACAAAAUAUGCGGAGCAGAAUUCUGACGCGCCUGACUAUACACAUACAAGCCUGAUGCGAUUUUGUGACUUUCCGGGGGGAAAAGAUGCGUCACGGGGAAGACUUUUCCGGGGGACGCCUCCUUCACCUCUGAUUGGCUAGAAAAGCUGGAAACGUCAUCACACGCUCAAGCCAAACGGUCAGCACUUACAGCCAAUCAGAGGUGAAGCAGGGCGGGACCUUCCCUUAACAACCAGCAUCCCGGGUGGAAGCGAGAGGACAAAAAUGGAGUCUACUUCAACUUCAAGUGAUGGCGAAUUGGUACUCUGUUUGCUUUCUCAAAAGAAAAAGAAACGUAGCACAUGGGUGCAUCCAAUAUUACAAAAAAAGAAGAGAACUUGGUGAGUUUCACUGCUUGGUUCAGGAGCUGAAACUGUACCACGGUCGCUGGUUGUUUUCAGUUCUGGUUAGACACUAGUGUUGAGAUGGCUUUCUGUCAUGAUAGCAAAUACUGAGUCGGGGCCAGUACCAGAUAAGCACAUGAAACUAUGGUAACAACCGUUACCUUGCGUUAGCACAGUUGAAAGUUAAAACAAAGACAUUUAGCAAACUGUUGAAGUGCACAAAACAUCGUCAUAUGAGAGAUCCAACGCUAUGACCUUCCACAAGUUGUCCUUCAGGGUGUUAUCUUUGUAGUAUUUGUGUCCUUUAUCAAAAAGCACUCUGUUUCCCACAUGUAAACAAUCAGCCGGUCAGCCAUGUUGGGUAUCUUUGAUAUACCGGUGAAUCUGACAUCACAACAACACGCAAUCUGAUUGGUCAGAAGUGGACACACAGUAUGUGUAACUUUAGAAAAAUUGACCAUGAUCAGUAAUUAUAAAUGUCACAAUAUCACAGAACGGGAAAACGUCACUGAUGUGAAUGCUUGUAUUGACAGGAUACAGGUUAAAAAAAUAUAUUGAUGUCUGAAAUAAUCGCACGACAAAAACGGUCCCAGUGUGUAACAACCUUAAUGAUGAUGCACCGGUGUUUUACAAUCUAGCCACAGAAGACGACGGCAAGAAGACGUAAGUGCAAAGGUUAUUGUUUAAUCCCGCUUCGUGUGUUUUUUGUCAUUUGGGCCAUGUAGCGCCUGAGUCGAUAUGAAGUUCAACUGAAGCUAACACAACACUAGCAUCCUCCAGUUCAACUUCAUAUCGACUCCGGUGCAACAUGGCCUAACCAAAUGACGUAUUGAAAAGCACACAAAGCGAAAUUAAACAAUAACCUUUCCACUAACUUCUUUGCUCGUCUUCUCGCCAUCGUCUUUUGUGGCUAGAUUGUAAAACACCGCUGCAUCAUCAUUAUUGGUCCCCAGCAACUCACAUCCAUUGAGGCUUUGUUUUUGCAUCCUUUUAUUUUCCUAGUAAGUAACUUUUUUUUUCCCAUCGCCACUUUUUUUUUUUUUUUUGCGUUGUUAACUUUCAUUGUGGCUUUUUUUUUUAUCUGCACCGUUUCUUUUCUUUGCAGCGUGCCUCAGUUUCUUUUUUAUUUUGCAUCAGUAACUUCCAUUGUGACUUCUUUUUUUUUUUUUUUUUGCAUUCUUUUUUAUUUGCAGCAGUGGCGGUUCUCGGCCACCGUACUUGAGUCACGGCAAUGAGUCACCCUUUUGUUUGGCCCAAACUAACGGCCACCCACUUUCUUCCUUUUAUAAACUUGCUCGGUGGGGUUAGGACACUCAGCCAUCACCCCUCGACCUGCUUGCAACCACCUGCACUAGGGUUGGGUCACCGGCGGCAGAGGUGGAAAGAGGUGCUGCUGCUGAUGUGGUAAGUCAGCACCUCUGCAAGAUCUGUCACAGCUACAGCAGAAGUGAAGUCUCUCAUCACAGAAUUGGUGGUGGGACCUUGCACUUGCUUUUUCUUAAUUACAGCCCGAUAAAACAAGAUGCUGUUUUAUUGCUACGACUGAGAGUUUCCUGUGUUUAAACAGACCCAUAAAGUGCGCCUGAAAUCCUUGUGAUCAUAUUACCAGCUCUUGAAUGGCCAAACUCCAUCCAUUGGACUUUAUUUAUGCCAUUUGCUUUUUCUGUGUGGUUAUUUGGUUAUGCAUUCAUGCUAUGUGAUGAGGUUGUGUGUCCCUGACUGCAUAGGCAUUUCUGAAAGCCAAAUGAAAACUGCAUCAAAAACAGUGGAAUACAUUUUUCCAUGUUAGAUUGAGCAACAUUUGAUUAUGUACAGGCUCUGGAGCGAGAAUAAAAGUUUAGGUAAUCCCCUCUCUGCUGCCGAUUUUUAUGACCAAGCUUUGUUUUUAUCCCUUUGUAAGAAAGAGUUUGCAGUAAAUUGGUUUUUCUUUUGACCCAAGAUUUUUGAACUCUACUGUAAAUUUCCUGUCUGCAUGCAUGGCUUUUUACUGAAUGUAGCUGGUUUCGCUCCAUGUCUCCCUGUGUAUCUGAUGCUGAUGUUUCUACUGCUAUGAACAAAUUUCUCUCUAACAUCACGGGCUUUCAGAAACCUUUGGAAAGUAAUUAUCCAUUAGAAUUUGAAAGCAGCUUUAAUAAGACCCCUGAUUCAUGUUUUACAAAACUGAAGGUAACUCAGUAGCAGUGUCUAACACAUUUUGAAAAUUUCCCUCUCCAGACGUCUGAUCCAUCAACACAACUCGCUGAGACUGAUAAAUGGGAGGUGCUGGCCCCCACAUCAGUGAAGGAUGAGUCUGGAAUGAUACAAAUCCAAAGUCAAGGAAUACUGACGUCAAACGGACAGUACGUUCUUCCCAUUCAGAACCUGCAGAGUCAGCCAAUCUUUGUGACAUCGGGAACAGACACCCCCUCCGCCAAUUCAGUGCCUAACAUUCAGUACCAAGUGAUUCCUCAGAUUCAGACGGCAGAUGGACAUCUGAGCUACUCCACCUCUGGAGUGGAAGGGGCAACUCUGACUCAGGAUGCCACGGGGCAGAUUCAGAUCUUGCCAGAUGGAAGCCAGAGUCUCAGCGUGACAUCCACUGCAAACAUCCUUAAUAACAACCAGAACCUCAUAACACAGACUGGUAAUGUCCAGCAGAUCCAGGGGGUUUCUAUUGGCAGCUCCACUUUCAACAACCAGGGUCAGGUUGUUACUAAUGUGCCUGUGGGUCUGCCUGGGAACAUCACUUUUGUUCCUAUUAACAGUGUGGACUUGGACUCUCUUGGUCUGUCUGGUGCUCAGACUAUAGCGACAGGAGUCACCGCUGACGGCCAGCUGAUUAUGACAAGUCAGCCUGUGGAUGGCUCAGAGGGUCUUGCGAAGACGGAUAAUCAGCUCUCACAGACACUACCAGUUAAUAACUCGAAUGCAAAUCAAGAAAUAUUUGUGCCAACGUCUUCCUCUCAGCUUCACAUUCCAGCGAACAAUUCAGGUCUGCUCACACAAGACACAACAUUGUCAGCUGUGGCUACAGAGCAAGCCGACUCAAGUUCUGGUCUCCAGGAGGGCUACAUCCAACAGAAUCAGGAGCAAAGCGUGCAAGUGUCAGCAGCCCAGCCCAUCAUUCAGCUGCAGCAGGUUCCCAUUCAGACCACCAAUGGUCAGGUGGUGCAGUCAGUGGCAGCAGGAGGGCAGAACCUGCAGAACGUGCAACUAAUCAACCCGGGAACUUUCAUCAUCCAAGCACAGACAGUCACGCCAUCAGGUCAGAUUCAGUGGCAGACCUUUCAGGUGCAGGGGGUGCAGAAUCUGCAGAACCUCCAGCUGCCCACGACACCUCCCCAGCAGAUAACCCUGGCUCCUGUCCAGACCCUGUCGCUGGGUUCCAGUCCAGUCAGCAUCAGCACAGGGCAGAUCCCAAACCUUCAGACGGUGACGGUCAACUCUGUCGCCCACCAGGAAGGAGAUGCAGAAAACAGCGGAGGUACAGAAAUAAAAAUUAAUCAAAGAAAAGAUCUCAUUGUUUAAGAUACAUGCAGGUUUGUGUUCAUGUGGUUGCCUGAUUAGAUCUUCCGUUAAGUCACUUCGGGUUUGGACAGGCUAUGUUUGACUCUUGAUAGGUGGUUCAUACCUUUUAAAGGUGGUCCAAAUCUCAGCCCUUAUCAUUGAUUAGUGUAUGGAUUAUUGGGUUUUGGAUAUCUUAAAAACAGCUUGUUUAGUGUUAAACUCGAGCAGGAGUCUUAUCAGAAUAAUGAUAAACACUGGUAAGGAUGUGAAGAGUCUUUUAGUCAAAAUCAAAUCAAGUCUUUUUUCUUAUUCGUUUAAUAAACAUGUUAAUUUGUGUUUAAAAUUUUACCAUCCCGACAAUUUAUGAAGGGUAGAUCAUAAGAAAAAACACUCUCAGGUUAUUUUGCAGUUAAUAACCACAUUCAUUUCAUUUCACAAGGCAAAUGAAAGUUUGUUUUUGAUGCGUUAAGCAGAAGGUGGCAUCUGUGUAAUUUAAUUAUUUAUGAAUCCAGUGAUUUUAAAUUAUUUGGUUCAGCCAAUCGGUAGAGUUUUCCAAAUAGAGACAUUUGACAUGUCACAGAGCUGUAGCUGUAGACCCUAAAACCUGUGUCUCAGUAUUUCUGAAUUUUUUGUAUAAAGUAAAAAUUAUUCAAGUUGAUCAUUUUCCAAACAUUCAGUUCUACUUUGUAUUUGAAAAAGCAGGAGUUUGUAGUAAUGUUUUAAUCAUGUGAGUGCAUUAAACAGAGUAUGCCAUCUAAACCCUAAAAAUGGGAUUGUAUUGAAUGUUGAGUGUAUUUUAGCAUUAAUUAAAACAUUGUCAUAACAUUUUUUAAGUAGCUGCAGUCCUCCAUCCUUUAUCUGCCAAUCAUAUUUGUCUGCAAGUCAACAGGGUGGAUUUUAGUAAACAGUCAGAAUUGUCAUAUGUACAUUAUCUGUCAAUUAACUCAUUAUUUGAUCACCUAAAAUUUCCUGCAAAUCUGUCAGUUACGUGCUGUAAUCAGGCAGCUCUCUCUCUCCCUGUGUAGGCUUUUGUAAAAAAAAACUUGUCUUGACAUAGGUGUAUAUUUAUUAUUCCAGACAUUCGAAUAAAGGAAGAGCCAGACUCUGGAGACUGGCAGCUGAGCACUGACUCCACCCUCAACACCAGCGAUCUAUCCCACCUCCAUGUCAGGUUGGUGGACGAGGAGGAUCAGCUGGGUCAGGAGGGCAAGAGGCUGCGACGAGUGGCAUGUACCUGCCCCAACUGCAAAGAGUCGGGUGGGAGGUGAGUAAACAUCUGCUUCCUUUCUCUCUGUUUAACUCUGCAGAGAAAAACACACACACACACACACACACACACACACCAGUGCCCUAACUGCCCGUACCUGUGUUUUUCAGAGGAUCCAGCACGGGGAAGAAGAAGCAACACAUCUGCCAUAUUGCAGGCUGUGGGAAAGUAUACGGAAAGACAUCACACCUGCGAGCACACCUGCGCUGGCAUUCUGGGGAGCGACCUUUUGUUUGCAGCUGGAUGUUCUGUGGAAAGAGGUUCACACGCAGCGACGAGCUGCAGAGACACAGGAGAACACACACAGGUGCCCUUUUUCUGCUCCCCCUGUGUUUGCACAUCGGGAAAACAUCAGUAAAAUCAGCAAAAUGUGUUAAUUUGUGCCCUGCGCAGUGUGAGUCAGGUACAAAAUCACAGUGUUUGUACCCCUUUAGAUUUACAUGUGAAAUGUCAGGCUAGGAUCGAACACCAUAGUCAUGAACAGUUUGAUGGUAAUUUUACAGUUCCGGAUGUAAACAGCUCUGCUGUAUUAUUUGUUUGAUCUGUUAACAUCACAUUAUGUAAGUAACACAUUAGAAGAAAAAGAAGUCUGAGCUGCAGCUUCUAGUUUCUCUUCUUUGAGUCUGAAUCCUCUUGGGUCAGCUCACAUUUUCAGUUGUAUACAGUUAUUUCCUGGAUUUGGCAUCCGUCAUCAUAUUAUGAAUCUAAGUUGAAUAAUUACAUGUAUACAGCAGUUUAUGAGCAAAACAAGUUCUGCACCAAUGUGCUUAAAAAAAGAGUCCUUACAGAUGCCAACAGAAAAGCAGACAAUAUACAGUUUAUACAGAGGGAAUAUGAAAAAUAAGACAAUAUUCAAAUAGAAACAUGUUUAAACAGGUCUGACACAGUUAAAGGAAAGUGUGUCUUUCGUAAAGAGUUUGGUAAAAGCCUGAACAGAGUCCUCUUGCCUAAUGACCUCUAGUAGGCCUUUCCAGGCUGAGGAGCUGCUACAGAGACUACAUAAGAAAGCAUGGACGCAGGCUCUGAUAGCCAAUGAGAGUUCCUCUCAAAUAUAGCAGCACUUCACUAUGAUUUCCAGUAUCUGACGACAUUUGCUGCUGGAACAGGAAGAUAAAUGACCACCUGUUUGCACUGUAUCAGAUGUAUUAUUAGCAUCUGACAGUACGGGCUAAAGUAGCAUUCCAUUAUGCUGUCAGCUCCAAGCUCUCAUAUUAACAAGAAGUGUUAAUAGUUAACUUAGCUAGUGGAUACUCAGUAAUUCUAGGUCUCUAUAAGAUGAAACUGUGGUCAGUCAUAUAGUAUUAUCAAAUUGUCAUUAGUUUGUCAUUUUUGUCAGUGACAGGUUGACAUUCAAGAACUAUUUUAGCGUUGGCUCUGGAGUUUGUACAGCUCUGAGCAACAGGAGAGAGAGAGAGAAAUAUUCAAAUCAUGAGAGAAGCUGUCGAAGUUCUGUAGCACUUUCUCAAACUUGGAGAACAGAUUCUCCUGAUAGUUGAUGUAUUUGACCCUCUCUCGAUGUAUUCAGCAUCCAGCUCUUCAUCGUUCAAACAGUUUUUUUUUUUUUCUGUCCGACAGGAGAGAAGAAGUUUGUCUGCCCCGAAUGUUCCAAGCGCUUCAUGCGGAGCGACCACCUAGCGAAGCACAUUAAAACUCAUCAGAACAAAAAAGGCGUGAACUCUGGCAGCGCCGUGGUGGCCUCGAUGGAAUCCGCAGGGUCCUCAGACAGUAUCAUCACCACGGCAGGCGGGACCACCCUCAUCCUCACCAACAUCCAGCAGGGGUCCAGCACCGCCCAGGACAUCCUAGCCAACGCAGAGAUCCCUCUGCAGCUCGUCACCACGGUAGCGGCAAGCGAAGUCAUGGAGUGAUUUACACUCCACUUAUGAACUUCUACAACCUCUCUCAUACUGUGUACUCCUACCUGCAUUUUUAUUCAAGUUUUGAAGAAAACCUAUAAAUAUAUAUAUAAAUAUAUAUAUUUUAACACAGAGAUAGUCAAACCAUGUCCAGUUUUUACUGAGGAAAAAACUAGAGGUGGAGACUGAAAGAAGAUGGAAAAAGACAUUGCAGUAAACACACAAGGAAAUGCCUUAUUUUGUACAAUAUUGUGUUGUUGAAAAUGUAGGAUGCCAUUUUGUUUGGAUUUACUUUUUUUGUCUAUUUUUUUUGUUGUUUUUUUUUCACAAAGAAUUAUGGUAAGUUGAGCAAAUUUCCUCGCCUUUUUUUUCGAUGGUAUAAUCUUAUGGCGUCCUAGGUAAGCAGGUUUAUUCUGUAAUUGUUUCAGUCAAAGAUUUAAUCUCACGAGAAAGCUACUUUUAUCAGCUUCGUAGUUUUAAUGCUUAUGUCCAUGCAGUUUUAUUGGUGUUGUGUUUUGUUUGAAUAUUAUGCAUUAAUUCUUCUCUGUGUCCUCAUGCAGUCGGUCUGCUUGCAGAAAGGCGAGCCUUCUUUCUUGUCAUCGGCUCACACCUACACACUUUGCAGAUGAAAAUCAAAACAAUCAGAAAUUUUGUAUUGCAUUUGAUCUUGAACAUAAACUGUUGAUGAUACUUAUUAUUUGCUUGUUAAAUAUUUUGACUGAAAGCUAUUUAUAUCAGGCUUUACAUAGAAGGAUGCAUUUGUGAUAUUAAAAGUCCAAAAUAUUUCAAAAGGCUCCACUAUAUGUGAUUCAAAUGUGCUUUUGUAGAAACCUUUUUUUGGAGGAUUUUCCAAACAAAACAAAAAUAUUGCAUUGUAAUAUGAAGAAAAAGCCAUUUUUUUGGAGGUUAUUGCCAAAUUUGACUACACUCAGGGUGACUUGUGACUGUGAUAUAAGUAGAGUUAAUCACCCCUGUAGCUUCUUGGGCCAUAGUGGGAUGUUGUGAAGGAAAGUUUCUUCGAUGGACCAAAAGCUGAAGUGAAAUAAGCUGUCACCAUGUUACCUAUGCUCGCUAAAUCCUAUCAUGCCAGUUUUUUUAUCCUUUUGUCCCAUGAAGCUUUUUUUUUUCUUUUCUUUACUUUUUUUUUUGUCACACUGACGACAGCCUCGGUUCUUGUUAUAAAAUCAGCUUUGCAGGAGUCUCCACCAGGUUAUUACUCCAUCACGCAGUUUGAAAAUCCGUGUGUGUCUAGAAGCGGUACUCUUUGAGCAGCACUAUUCCCAUCACUUUCAUCGUGUUUAAUCCUUUUGUACAAAAAAAAGUUUUGUAUUCUUCUCAAGGAACUCUCCUUUCUAUUCAUUGUUAGUAAAUGUAAACUUCUGUCUUUGUGUUGAUAUUUUUUCUUUGUAUGUUGCAUUUCUUUGUUACACGCUUUUACGUUUCUGUUUUUUUUUUUUUUUUUUUUUUUUUUAUCUCUGAACUCCUAAACUGUUGAAUUGUUGAAUUGAAUACACUCUGAACUCUGAAUUAUGGUGGCAUAUUUGAUUUAAUUUGAUUUUUUUUUUUUUAAUCUUUGGAUAUGAUGAAAAUUCUGUGAUUUUAAUUCUUCUUCUUGUUCGGACAGGUCCGCUCCACUAGAUCAGAUUCUAUCCUCUGAGCUGAAAUAGUCAGAUGCUGUUGAACCGUUUAAAGAGCAUCUUUUUCUUCUGUAUAAAUCUGUCAAUAUAACAUCAAUAUAAACCUUUAUGUUACACUUGA